AUGUCUGUAUGGUUUCUGUCACUCUCAUCGUCCACUCACGGUCCACUCCCCGUCCACCGACCGUCCACUCCUCGUCCACCGACCGUCCACUCCCCGUCCACCGACCGUCCACUACCCGUCCACUCCUCGUCCACUCCUCGUCCACUCCUCGUCCACUCACCGUCCACUCCCCGUCCACUCACCGUCCACUCCUCGUCCACUCCCCGUCCACUCCCCGUCCACUCUCCGUCCACUCCUCGUCCACUCACCGUCCACCCACCGUCCACUCCUCGUCCACCCACCGUCCACUCCCCACUCCCUGUCCACUCCCCGUCCACUCUCCGUCCACCCACCGUCCACUCACCGUCCACUCCCCGUCCACUCCCCGUCCACUCCCCGUCCACCCACCGUCCACUACCCGUCCACUCCUCGUCCACUCCUCGUCCACUCCCCGUCCACUCACCCUCCACUCCCCGUCCACUCCCCGUCCACCCACCGUCCACUCACCGUCCACUCCCCGUCCACUCCCCGUCCACCCCCCGUCCACUCCCCUCCACCCACCGUCCACUCCCCGUCCACCCACCGUCCACUCCCCACUCCCCGUCCACUCACCGUCCACUCCCUGUCCACUCCCCGUCCACCCACCGUCCACUCACCGUCCACUCCCCGUCCACUCCCCGUCCACCCACCGUCCACUCACCGUCCACUCCCCGUCCACUCCCCGUCCACCGACCGUCCACUACCCGUCCACUCCUCGUCCACUCCUCGUCCACUCCUCGUCCACUCACCGUCCACUCCCCUUCCACUCCUCGUCCACUCCUCGUCCACUCCCCGUCCACUCUCCGUCCACUCCUCGUCCACUCCCCGUCCACUCACCGUCCACCCACCGUCCACUCCCGUCCACUCCCCACUCCUCGUCCACCCACCGUCCACUCCCCACUCCCCGUCCACUCCCCGUCCACUCCCCGUCCACUCUCCGUCCACCCACCGUCCACUCACCGUCCACUCCCCGUCCACUCCCCGUCCACUCCCCGUCCACUCCCCGUCCACUCCCCGUCCACCCACCGUCCACUACCCGUCCACUCCUCGUCCACUCCUCGUCCACUCCCCGUCCACUCCUCGUCCACUCACCGUCCACUCACCGUCCACUCCUCGUCCACUCCCCGUCCACUCACCCUCCACUCCCCUCCACUCCUCGUCCACUCCCGUCCACUCCCCGUCCACCCACCGUCCACUCACCGUCCACCCCCCGUCCACUCCCCGUCCACUCCCCGUCCACUCCCCGUCCACUCCCGUCCACUCCCGUCCACUCCCCGUCCACUCCCCGUCCACCCCCGUCCACUCCACCGUCCACUCCCCGUCCACUCCCGUCCACUCCCCGUCCACCCCCCGUCCACUCCCCGUCCACCCACCGUCCACUCCCCGUCCACCCACCGUCCACUCCCCGUCCACUCCCCGUCCACUCCCCUCCACCCCGUCCACUCCCCGUCCACUCCCCGUCCACUCACCGUCCACUCCCCGUCCACCCCCGUCCACUCCCCGUCCACCCACCGUCCACUCACGUCCACUCCCCGUCCACUCCCCGUCCACUCACCGUCCACUCCCGUCCACUCCCCGUCCACUCCCCGUCCACCCCCGUCCACUCACCGUCCACUCCCCGUCCACUCCCCGUCCAUCCCCGUCCACUCCCCGUCCACUCCCCGUCCACUCCCCGUCCACUCCCCGUCCACUCCCCGUCCACUCCCCGUCCACUCCCCGUCCACUCCCGUCCACCCCCGUCCACUCCACCGUCCACUCCCACCCGUCCACUCCCCCCCGUCCACUCACCGUCCACUCCCCGUCCACUCCCCGUCCACUCCCCGUCCACUCGUCCACUCCCCGUCCACUCCCCGUCCACUCCCGUCCACUCCCCGUCCACUCCCCGUCCACUCACCGUCCACUCCCCGUCCACUCCCGUCCACUCCCCGUCCACUCCCGUCCACUCACCGUCCACUCCCGUCCACUCCCGUCCACUCCCCGUCCACUCCCGUCCACCCACCGUCCACUCCCUCCACUCCCGUCCACUCCCCGUCCACUCCCGUCCACUCCCCGUCCACUCCCCGUCCACUCCCCGUCCACCCCCGUCCACUCCCCCACUCCCCGUCCACUCCCCGUCCACUCCCGUCCACCCACCGUCCACUCACCGUCCACUCCCCGUCCACUCCCGUCCACUCCCCGUCCACCCCCGCCACCCACCGUCCACUCACCGUCCACUCCCCGUCCACUCCCGUCCACCCCCGUCCACUCCCCGUCCACUCCCCGUCCACUCCCGUCCACUCCCCGUCCACUCCCCGUCCACUCCCGUCCACUCCCGUCCACUCCCGUCCACUCCCCGUCCACUCCCCGUCCACUCCCCGUCCACUCCCCGUCCACUCCCCGUCCACCCACCGUCCACUCACCGUCCACUCCCCGUCCACUCCCCGUCCACCCCCGUCCACUCCCGUCCACUCCCCGUCCACUCCCCGUCACUCCCGUCCACUCCCCGUCCACUCCCCGUCCACUCACCGUCCACUCCCCGUCCACUCCCCGUCCACUCCCCGUCCACUCACCGUCCACUCCCCGUCCACCACCGUCCACUCCCCGUCCACUCACCGUCCACUCCCCGUCCACUCCCGUCCACCCACCGUCCACUCCCCGUCCACUCCCCGUCCACUCCCGUCCACUCACCGUCCACUCCCCCUGUCCACUCCCCGUCCACCCACCGUCCACUCACCGUCCACUCCCGUCCACCCCCGUCCACUCACCGUCCACUCCCCGUCCACUCCCCGUCCACUCACCGUCCACUCCCCGUCCACUCCCCGUCCACUCCCCGUCCACCACCGUCCACUCCCCGUCCACUCCCGUCCACUCCCGUCCACUCACCGUCCACUCCCGUCCACUCCCGUCCACCCCCGUCCACUCACCGUCCACUCCCCGUCCACUCCCCGUCCACUCCCCGUCCACUCACCGUCCACUCCCCGUCCACUCACCGUCCACUCCCCGUCCACUCCACCGUCCACUCCCCGUCCACUCACCGUCCACUCCCCGUCCACUCCCCGUCCACUCACCGUCCACUCACCGUCCACUCACCGUCCACUCCCCGUCCACUCCCCGUCCACUCCCCGUCCACUCCCCGUCCACUCCCCGUCCACUCCCGUCCACUCACCGUCCACUCCCCGUCCACUCCCCCGUCCACUCACCGUCCACCCACCGUCCACUCCCGUCCACUCCACUCCUCGUCCACCCACCGUCCACUCCCCACUCCCCGUCCACUCCCCGUCCACUCUCCGUCCACCCACCGUCCACUCACCGUCCACUCCCCGUCCACUCCCCGUCCACCCCCCGUCCACUCCCCGUCCACUCCCCGUCCACCCACCGUCCACUACCCGUCCACUCCUCGUCCACUCCUCGUCCACUCCCGUCCACUCACCGUCCACUCACCGUCCACUCACCGUCCACUCCUCGUCCACUCCCCGUCCACUCACCGUCCACUCCCCUUCCACUCCUCGUCCACUCCUCGUCCACUCCCCGUCCACCCACCGUCCACUCCCGUCCACCCCCGUCCACUCCCCGUCCACUCCCCUCCACUCCACCGUCCACUCACCGUCCACUCCCUGUCCACUCCCCGUCCACUCCCCGUCCACCCACCGUCCACUCACCGUCCACUCCCCGUCCACUCCCCGCCACCCCCGUCCACUCCCCGUCCACCCACCGUCCACUCCCGUCCACCCCCGUCCACUCCCCGUCCACCCCCGUCCACUCCCCGUCCACUCCCCGUCCACUCCACCGUCCACCACCGUCCACUCCCGUCCACUCCCCGUCCACUCACCGUCCACUCCCCGUCCACUCCCCGUCCACUCCCCGUCCACUCCCCGUCCACUCACCGUCCACUCCAUCCCCACUCCCCGUCCACUCCCCGUCCACCCCCGUCCACUCCCCGUCCACUCACCGUCCACUCCCCGUCCACCCCCCGUCCACUCCACCCGUCCACUCACCGUCCACCCACCGUCCACUCCUCGUCCACUCCCCACUCCUCGUCCACCCACCGUCCACUCCCCCUCCCUCCCCCGUCCACUCCCCGUCCACCCACCGUCCACCCACCGUCCACCACCGUCCACUCCCCGUCCACUCCCCGUCCACUCCCCGUCCACCCACCGUCCACUACCCGUCCACUCCUCGUCCACUCCCUCCGUCCACUCACCGUCCACUCCCGUCCACUCCCCGUCCACUCCCCUUCCACUCCUCGUCCACUCCUCGUCCACUCCCCGUCCACCCACCGUCCACUCACCGUCCACUCCCUGUCCACUCCCCGUCCACUCCCCGUCCACCCACCGUCCACUCACCGUCCACUCCCCGUCCACUCCCCGUCCACCCCCCGUCCACUCCCCGUCCACCCACCGUCCACUCCCGUCCACCCACCGUCCACUCCCCACUCCCCGUCCACUCCCCGUCCACUCUCCGUCCACCCACCGUCCACUCACCGUCCACUCCCCGUCCACUCCCCGUCCACCCCCGUCCACUCCCCGUCCACCCACCGUCCACUCACCGUCCACUCCCUGUCCACUCCCCGUCCACCCACCGUCCACUCACCGUCCACUCCCCGUCCACUCCUCGUCCACUCCCCGUCCACCCACCGUCCACUCACCGUCCACUCCCCGUCCACUCACCGUCCACUCCCCGUCCACCUCUCCGUCCACUCACCGUCCAUUCCCCGUCCACCCACCGUCCACUCACCGUCCACUCACCGUCCACUCCCCGUCCACUCCCCACUCCCCGUCCACUCCCCGUCCACCCACCGUCCACUCACCGUCCACUCCCCGUCCACUCACCGUCCACUCCCCGUCCACCCACCGUCCACUCCCCGUCCACCCACCGUCCACUCCCCGUCCACUCCCCGUCCACCCACCGUCCACCCCCCGUCCACUCCCCGUCCACUCCCUGUCCACUCACCGUCCACUCCCUGUCCACUCCCCGUCCACCCACCGUCCACUCACCGUCCACUCCUCGUCCACUCCCCGUCCACUCCCCGUCCACCCACCGUCCACUCACCGUCCACUCCCCGUCCACUCACCGUCCACUCCCCGUCCACUCACCGUCCACUCCCCGUCCACCCACCGUCCACUCCCCGUCCACUCACCGUUUACUCCCCGUCCACCCACCGUCCACCCACCGUCCACUCCCACUCCCCGUCCACUCCCCACUCCCCGUCCACUCCCCGUCCACCCACCGUCCACUCCCCGUCCACCCACCGUCCACUCCCCGUCCACUCACCGUCCACUCCCCGUCCACCACCGUCCACUCCCCGUCCACUCACCGUCCACUCCCCGUCCACCACCGUCCACUCCCCGUCCACUCACCGUCCACUGUCCGUCCACUCACCGUCCACUCACCGUCCACCCACCGUCCACUCACCGUCCACUCCCCGUCCACCCACCGUCCACUCACCGUCCACUCCCUGUCCACUCCCCGUCCACUCCCCGUCCACCCACCGUCCACUCACCGUCCACUCCCCGUCCACUCCCCGUCCACCCCCCGUCCACUCCCCGUCCACCCACCGUCCACUCCCCGUCCACCCACCGUCCACUCCCCACUCCCCGUCCACUCCCCGUCCACUCUCCGUCCACCCACCGUCCACUCACCGUCCACUCCCCGUCCACUCCCCGUCCACCCCCGUCCACUCCCCGUCCACCCACCGUCCACUCACCGUCCACUCCCUGUCCACUCCCCGUCCACCCACCGUCCACUCACCGUCCACUCCCCGUCCACUCCCCGUCCACUCCGCCACCCCGUCCACUCCCGUCCACUCCCCGUCCACUCCCCGUCCACUCCCCGUCCACUCCCCGUCCACUCCCGUCCACUCCCCGUCCACCCACCGUCCACUCCCGUCCACCCGUCCACUCCCCGUCCACUCACCGUCCACCCACCGUCCACUCCCCGUCCACUCCCCGUCCACUCCCCACUCCCCGUCCACUCCCCGUCCACUCCCCGUCCACUCACCGUCCACUCCCCGUCCACUCCCCGUCCACCCACCGUCCACUCACCGUCCACUCCCCGUCCACCCACCAUCCACUCCCCGUCCACUCACCGUCCACUCCCCGUCCACUCCCCGUCCACCCACCGUCCACCCCCCGUCCACUCCCCGUCCACUCCCUGUCCACUCACCGUCCACUCCCCGUCCACUCCCCGUCCACCCACCGUCCACUCACCGUCCACUCCUCGUCCACUCCCCGUCCACCCACCGUCCACUCACCGUCCACUCCCCGUCCACUCCCGUCACUCCCCUCACCGUCCACACUCCACCGUCCACUCCCUCAUCCCCGUCCACUCCCCGUCCACCACCGUCCACUCCCCGUCCACUCCCGUCCACUCCCCGUCCACUCCCGUCCACCACCGUCCACCCCCGUCCACUCCCCGUCCACUCCCUGUCCACUCCCCGUCCACUCCCUGUCCACUCCCCGUCCACCCACCGUCCACUCCCGUCCACUCCUCGUCCACUCCCCGUCCACCACCGUCCACUCCCGUCCACUCCCCGUCCACUCCCGUCCACUCCCGUCCACUCACCGUCCACUCCCCGUCCACCGACCGUCCACUCCCGUCCACUCCUCGUCCACUCCUCGUCCACUCCCGUCCACUCACCGUCCACUCCCCUUCCACUCCUCGUCCACUCCCCGUCCACCACCGUCCACUCACCGUCCACUCCCGUCCACUCCCCGUCCACUCCCCGUCCACUCCCCGUCCACUCCCCGUCCACUCUCCGUCCACUCCUCGUCCACUCCCCGUCCACUCACCGUCCACUCCCCGUCCACUCACCGUCCACUCCCCGUCCACCGACCGUCCACUACCCGUCCACUCCUCGUCCACUCCUCGUCCACUCCUCGUCCACUCACCGUCCACUCCCCUUCCACUCCUCGUCCACUCCCCGUCCACUCCCCGUCCACUCCCCGUCCACUCCCCGUCCACUCUCCGUCCACUCCUCGUCCACUCCCCGUCCACUCACCGUCCACCCACCGUCCACUCCUCGUCCACUCCCCACUCCUCGUCCACCCACCGUCCACUCCCCACUCCCCGUCCACUCCCCACUCCCCGUCCACUCCCCGUCCACUCUCCGUCCACCCACCGUCCACUCACCGUCCACUCCCCGUCCACUCCCCGUCCACCCCCCGUCCACUCCCCGUCCACUCCCCGUCCACCCACCGUCCACUCCUCGUCCACUCCUCGUCCACUCCCCGUCCACUCACCCUCCACUCCCCUUCCACUCCUCGUCCACUCCUCGUCCACUCCCCGUCCACCCACCGUCCACUCACCGUCCACCCCCCGUCCACUCCCCGUCCACUCCCCGUCCACCCACCGUCCACUCACCGUCCACUCCCUGUCCACUCCCCGUCCACUCCCCGUCCACCCACCGUCCACUCACCGUCCACUCCCCGUCCACUCCCCGUCCACCCCCCGUCCACCCCCCGUCCACUCCCCGUCCACCCACCGUCCACUCCCCGUCCACCCACCGUCCACUCCCCACUCCCCGUCCACUCCCCGUCCACUCCGUCCGUCCACCCACCGUCCACUCACCGUCCACUCCCGUCCACCCCCCGUCCACUCCCCGUCCACCCACCGUCCACUCACCGUCCACUCCCUGUCCACUCCCCGUCCACCCACCGUCCACUCACCGUCCACUCCCCGUCCACUCCCCGUCCACCCCCCGUCCACUCCCCGUCCACCCACCGUCCACUCACCGUCCACUCCCCGGUCCACUCCCCGUCCACCCACCGUCCACUCACCGUCCACUCACCGUCCACUCCCCGUCCACUCCCCGUCCACUCACCGUCCACUCCCCGUCCACCCACCGUCCACUCACCGUCCACUCCCCGUCCACUCACCGUCCACCCACCGCCCACUCCCCGUCCACUCCCCGUCCACUCCCCACUCCCCGUCCACCCACCGUCCACUCACCGUCCACUCCCCGUCCACUCCCCGUCCACUCCCCGUCCACCCACCGUCCACUCCCCGUCCACUCACCGUCCACUCCCCGUCCACCCACCGUCCACCCCCCGUCCACUCCCCGUCCACUCCCUGUCCACUCCACCGUCCACUCCCUGUCCACUCCCCGUCCACCCACCGUCCACUCACCGUCCACUCACCGUCCACUCCUCGUCCACUCCCCGUCCACUCACCGUCCACUCCCCGUCCACUCACCGUCCACUCCCCGUCCACCCACCGUCCACUCCCCGUCCACUCCCCGUCCACUCACCGUUUACUCCCCGUCCACCCACCGUCCACUCACCGUCCACUCACCGUCCACUCCCCGUCCACCCACCGUCCACUCACCGUCCACUCCCCACUCCCCGUCCACUCCCCGUCCACCCACCGUCCACUCCCCGUCCACUCACCGUCCACCCACCGUCCACUCCUCGUCCACUCCCCACUCCUCGUCCACCCACCGUCCACUCACCGUCCACUCCCCGUCCAUCCACCGUCCACUACCCGUCCACUCCUCGUCCACUCCUCGUCCACUCCCCGUCCACUCCUCGUCCACUCCUCGUCCACUCACCGUCCACUCACCGUCCACUCCUCGUCCACUCCCCGUCCACUCACCGUCCACUCCCCUUCCACUCCUCGUCCACUCCUCGUCCACUCACCGUCCACUCCCUGUCCACUCCCCGUCCACUCCCCGUCCACCCACCGUCCACUCACCGUCCACUCCCCGUCCACUCCCCGUCCACCCCCCGUCCACUCCCCGUCCACCCACCGUCCACUCCCCGUCCACCCACCGUCCACUCCCCACUCCCCGUCCACUCCCCGUCCACUCUCCACUCCCGUCCACCCACCGUCCACUCACCGUCCACUCCCCGUCCACUCACCGUUUACUCCCCGUCCACCCACCGUCCACUCACCGUCCACUCCCCGUCCACCCACCGUCCACUCACCGUCCAGUCCCCACUCCCCGUCCACUCCCCGUCCACCCACCGUCCACUCCCCGUCCACUCACCGUCCACUCCCCGUCCACCCACCGUCCACUCCCCGUCCACUCACCGUCCACCCACCGUCCACUCCUCGUCCACUCCCCACUCCUCGUCCACCCACCGUCCACUCCCCACUCCCCGUCCACGUCCACUCCCCGUCCACUCUCCGUCCACCCACCGUCCACUCACCGUCCACUCCCGUCCACUCCCCGUCCACUUCCCGUCCACCCACCGUCCACUACCCGUCCACUCCUCGUCCACUCCUCGUCCACUCACCGUCCACUCACCGUCCACUCACCGUCCACUCCUCGUCCACUCCCCGUCCACUCCCCUUCCACUCCUCGUCCACUCCUCGUCCACUCCCCACUCCCCACUCCCCGUCCACUCCCCGUCCACUCUCCGUCCACCCACCGUCCACUCACCGUCCACUCCCUGUCCACUCCCCGUCCACUCCCCGUCCACCCACCGUCCACUCACCGUCCACUCCCCGUCCACUCCCCGUCCACCCCCGUCCAUUCCCCGUCCCCCCCGUCCACCCACCGUCCACUCCCCGUCCACCCACCGUCCACUCCCCACUCCCCGUCCACUCCCCGUCCACUCUCCGUCCACCCACCGUCCACUCACCGUCCACUCCCCGUCCACUCCCCGUCCACCCCCCGUCCACUCCCCGUCCACCCACCGUCCACUCACCGUCCACUCCCUGUCCACUCCCCGUCCACCCACCGUCCACUCACCGUCCACUCCCCGUCCACUCCUCGUCCACUCCCCGUCCACCCACCGUCCACUCACCGUCCACUCCCCGUCCACUCACCGUCCACUCCCCGUCCACUCUCCGUCCACUCACCGUCCACUCCCCGUCCACCCACCGUCCACUCACCGUCCACUCCCCGUCCACUCCCCGUCCACCCCCCGUCCACUCCCCGUCCACCCACCGUCCACUCCCCGUCCACCCACCGUCCACUCCCCACUCCCCGUCCACUCCCCGUCCACUCUCCGUCCACCCACCGUCCACUCACCGUCCACUCCCCGUCCACUCACCGUUUACUCCCCGUCCACCCACCGUCCACUCACCGUCCACUCCCCGUCCACCCACCGUCCACUCACCGUCCACUCCCCUCCACUCCCACUCCACCGUCACCCACCGUCCACUCCCCGUCCACUCACCGUCCACUCCCCGUCCACCCACCGUCCACUCCCCGUCCACUCACCGUCCACCCACCGUCCACUCCUCGUCCACUCCCCACUCCUCGUCCACCCACCGUCCACCUCCCCACCACCGUCCCCGUCCACUCCCCGUCCACUCCCCGUCCACCCCGUCACCGUCCACUCACCGUCCACUCCCCGUCCACUCCCCGUCCACCCUCCGUCCACUACCCGUCCACUCCUCGUCCACUCCUCGUCCACUCCCCGUCCACUCCCCUUCCACUCCUCGUCCACUCCUCGUCCACUCCCCGUCCACUCCCCUUCCACUCCUCGUCCACUCCUCGUCCACUCCCCGUCCACCCACCGUCCACUCACCGUCCACUCCCUGUCCACUCCCCGUCCACUCCCCGUCCACCCACCGUCCACUCACCGUCCACUCCCCGUCCACUCGCCGUCACCCCCCGUCCACUCCCCGUCCACCCACCGUCCACUCCCCGUCCACCCACCGUCCACUCCCCACUCCCCGUCCACUCCCGUCCACUCUCCGUCCACUCCACCGUCCACUCACCGUCCCACUCACCGUCCACUCCCCGUCCACUCCCGUCCCGUCCACUCCCCGUCCACCCACCGUCCACUCACCGUCCACUCCCUGUCCACUCCCCGUCCACCCACCGUCCACUCACCGUCCACUCCCCGUCCACUCCUCGUCCACUCCCCGUCCACCCACCGUCCACUCACCGUCCACUCACCGUCCACUCCCGUCCACUCUCCGUCCACUCACCGUCCACUCCCCGUCCACCCACCGUCCACUCACCGUCCACUCACCGUCCACUCCCGUCCACUCCCCACUCCCCGUCCACUCCCCGUCCACCCACCGUCCACUCCCCGUCCACUCCCCGUCCACUCCCCGUCCACCCCCGUCCACUCCCCGUCCACCCCACCGUCCACUCCCCGUCCACUCCCCGUCCACUCCCCCGUCCACCCCCGUCCACUCCCCGUCCACUCCCCGUCCACUCACCGUCCACUCCCGUCCACUCCCCGUCCACCCACCGUCCACUCACCGUCCACUCCUGUCCACUCCCCGUCCACUCCCCGUCCACUCACCGUCCACUCCCGUCCACUCCCCGUCCACUCCCCCGUCCACUCACCGUCCACUCACCGUCCACUCCCGUCCACCCACGUCCACUCACCGUCCACCCCCGUCCACUCCCGUCCACCCCCGUCCACUCACCGUCCACUCCCCGUCCACUCACCGUCCACUCCCCGUCCACUCACCGUCCACUCCCGUCCACCCACCGUCCACUCCCCGUCCACUCACCGUUUACUCCCCGUCCACCCACCGUCCACUCACCGUCCACUCCCCCACUCCCCGUCCACCCACCGUCCACUCCCCGUCCACUCACCGUCCACUCCCCGUCCACCCACCGUCCACUCCCCGUCCACUCACCGUCCACUCCCCACUCCCCGUCCACCCACCGUCCACUCACCGUCCACUCCCCGUCCACCCACCGUCCACUCACCGUCCACUCCCCACUCCCCGUCCACCCACCGUCCACUCCCCGUCCACCCACCGUCCACUCCCCGUCCACUCACCGUCCACCCACCGUCCACUCCCCGUCCACUCACCGUCCACUCCCCGUCCACCCCCCGUCCACUCCCCGUCCACUCACCGUCCACUGUCCGUCCACUCACCGUCCACUCACCGUCCACCCACCGUCCACUCACCGUCCACUCCCCGUCCACUCCCCGUCCACCCACCGUCCACUCACCGUCCACUCCCCGUCCACCCACCGUCCACUCCCCGUCCGCUCCCCGUCCGCUCACCGUCCACCCACCGUCCACUCACCGUCCACCCACCGUCCACUCCCCGUCCACCCACCGUCCACUCCCCGUCCACUCCCCGUCCACUCACCGUCCACCCACCGUCCACCCACCGUCCACUCCCCGUCCACUCACUGUCCUCUGCGGUCCUGUUUUGCAGCUCUGCGGUGCGUUCGUGGUGGCCUUUGGAGAGUUCCAGAUGAUGAAUUCAAAGUUCAGGUCUCUGGUCACCUCCUUCUGGCCCAUCUAUCCAGCCAACACUCUGGUGGUGACAGGAACCAUCGUGACCUGCGUGUGCUUCCUGGGGAUCCUGGGGGGAUUCAAGGAGAACCGCUGCAUGAUCAUCGCUUUUUUCCUGCUGCUCUUCAUCCUGAUGCUGGUGGAGUUGGCCAUGGCGUGUGUCUUCCUCGUCUACAGCAGUAAGAUCCACAGCUAUUUUGAAGAUGACCUGAUGAGGAGCCUGGUGAGCUACAGAGACGGCACACCAGAGGCCACCGAGAAGCUGAUCGACAACUUUGACACCGUUCAGCACCUGUUCCAGUGCUGUGGGGUGCAUGAGGCGGGGGACUGGGGCGACAACAUUCCCAUCUCCUGCUGCACUACGGACCCAUGCAACGUCGUCAACUACACCAUCUGGGACGAGGAAAAGAAGUCUGUCCCUCUUCCUCCUCUUCCUCUUCCUCGUCUCACUCUGUGCUCUCUGCAGGGCUGCAUGUUGAAGCUCAGGGACUGGUUUUCACAUAACUACCGCAGCACCGGCGCUGGAGUGGUCACAAUGUUCAUCCUGCAGUUCGUUUGCCUGUGCAUCAGCCUGCCUCUGUUCUGCUACUUGAGCGUCCAAGGCCUGGGUUUCCAGUGA